AUGCAUCUCGUGGAGGGAUCGCGUGCGACGCCAACCACGCCCCAGCAGGACUGUCAUGAUCUCGUGUUGAUGGACCGGCUCUGCGUAGACUUCCGCGAGAAACUCCUAGAUGCGCUGGCCACCUCCUCCUGCUCCAGUACCUUUGUUGAGGCGAGAAAUAUCGCCAAGGAAAAGCUACUCGACAUUCUACACUGCAUCGGCUCCCUAUCGGCCUCGGAUAAAGCGAAAGAAAAGCUUGUCGCCGCAGAGGAACUAGGAGAUGCGCUGACCCCAAAGCAAACCAGUCUGGGGGAUCAUCUCCCGUUUAAUACCCCUGCAGGAGAUCUGGAGGUCGGGAUUGGGGUUCAUGGAGCAUCGUCGCCGGCCGACUUUUUUCAACACUUCCACGAUAUCAAUGCCGGGUCGCUGGACCUGGCGCUUUCCACAACAUCCACCCCGUCGGGCGCGACGGGGGACUGGCCGGCUCUGUCCCCCGUUCUUCUCCUCGCGGAGGAUCUGGCGAUGCUGCGGCAGAGCGGGGACCUGGAUCCAUGCACGGGGAUGGAGUCUGGGGGGGGCGAUGAGAUGCAGUGGUGGUCCUCGCAAGGGGGUCUCAAUGAUACGCCCGCUCGACUGAGUCCCAAGACACCGACUAGUGUGCCUCUCUGGCCAGGGGUGCAGGGUCAAGACCCCAAUGAGGAGCUGGCCCCGGCGGUUUUAGACUUUGUGGACUUGGAUCUACUGGUUGAACAAGGCGAGAUGUUUGCCCUAACUCACGGUGGUCAUGCGCUUAGACAGGCCACGAAUUCGAAGCAGAAUGCAGCGCGGCCGGCGUCAGCAACGUUAGUAGGCAGCAAUGAUGCCCGGCCGGGGACGGUGCGAGAGGACACCCCUAUCACCCCAGCCAUCGCUCAUUCACCAGCACCCGAUAGAGGUAUUAGACACAGCUCGCUUUCGCAACAACAACAACAACAACAACAACAACAACAACAACAACAGCAGGGGAUCCCCUCACCAUCACCCUCCCCAGCAAGACCAAGACCCACGCCACAGCCAGUCACCCCCGCAGCGCAUGCCCAGGAUUCGCCGGCCUGCGAGAACAGGCGCAGUUAUGCCAUUUCCCCAGUGCUCCCGGCGUCGUCCCCCCCUCCCCAGCCCAGGAAUGUGGCUGAGAAGGGGGGAGGGGAUGCUCUAGUGGCGGUGCAACCCUGCAGUGAGGCUGAGGAAGCAGGGGGGCAGCCUAUGGAGAUCGACUACGCCGCAGCGCUGCCAUCGCUAACGGGGGUAUAUUGCGUGCCAGACCAUCUGCCGUCGGCGGAUCAGGUCUACGCCGUGUUCAGCCAACAGCUCCCCAACAGCAAGCGGCAGGUGGCUGAGCUCUUUACCCGCCUGUUCUACGCCAUUGGAAGUCCGGAUGCGCUGAAUCAGUUACGCCAUGCCCUUCAUCUGGCGCGCAAGUCCUCUGUCCUCCCAGUGGCCACGGCUGGCGGCCCCCGGAAUGACCUGGCCACGACGGUACAAGCCCUCGACCAACUCGACUCCAUCACCACCCUAUCCCAUAUCCUCCGGCGCUAUUACUUGGUCCGUCUCCUCACCCACCGUACCCGAUUGGAGCAGGAUCACAUCGCCGCCAAACUUGCCUGUCGAGGGUCCAAGCGCAUGCUAAAGUACGACUGCGCUCGCCUACAACUGAUCCGCGACGGGGGCGAUGGCGAUGCAGUCCGCGCAGCAUCGACCGCCGGGGGACGACGGCCCACAAGCAAGCCACGCCCCAAGCACCGGUCCAAGACGCAGGCUCUGACCGAUCUGAUGCAGAUGCUGUACCCGGGCCUGACGCCCAUCCCAGCUGAAUCAAGUAACCGCUCGACCAACGAUUGCGUUUACACGCGAAAAUUAACCCGGCUGCGCAACCGCCUCUCGUGCGCACGCAACUGGUAUCCCUUCGAGCACACCUUCCCGGGAGGGAUUCUGGCCCUGAUCCCUUGCGCCGGGAGGUACUCCAUCAGUAUUGACCAAGUGGAAAAGCUGCCCAGCGAUACCAUGCGGAUCUUCUUGGCCUACCUGCAAGAACAUCGCGGGACGUACCUGCGAAGCCUGAGCCAGGCGCUGUCCAAAGACGUGUUCGACGUGCUGGAGGGCGCCGACCUGUCGCAGACUUUCGCGUUUGAGACAGUCGACGAAGGUGGCCUCGGGGACUACUUAUAUGACACUGAGGACCUGCUUCAACUGUGCAGACCGGCGGUUUAGCCCGCUAGCAACAACAUAUAUUCCUAAUCGAGGGCAUUGCAUGCCACCGGCUUGUGGGUACUGCCUGGUGGGGAGGCCCGUAUGCCGUUCUGUCUGGUGUCGCAAUCACAUACCCAGUGACGAUGUCUAUGUCUAUGUUUUGCCAUACGAGUUCAUUCCCCAUGUUUCCCCCUUUUUGAUUCCUUUCCGUUUUGUCAAUUCGGGGGGUACUUAUCUCUCUCUCUCUCUUUCUCUCUCUCUCUCUCUCUCUUUUCUUUUUCUUGUUUUGAAUAGCG